AUGAAAAAUGCUGUCCCAACGAAGGCCGCCUUAAGGCCCCUGCCUACGUUGCCCCCAUUUGACUUUGAGGGCUAUCUGAGAGAAAAGGACAACCGAAACUUUAAGCUGCUCAUAGACCAGCCGGAGAAAUGUCACAUUGGAGGAGCAGUGGAGGAAGCAGCAGGAGGAGGAAGUAAAGGGUCUACAACUGCUCCAUACAUGCUCAUUGCGGUGAAAUCGAUUCCUGCAGAUUUUGAUAAACGUCAGGUGGUACGUCGGACCUGGGGUAAAGAGGGAAUUUUUCAAAAGGAUGUGUCCAUCCGGACGGUUUUCCUGCUGGGGGUUCCCAGGAAUCGGACUGCUCUGCCUCUUUGGGAUCGGCUCAUGACCUACGAAAGUCAAACCUUUGGGGAUAUCCUACUUUGGGAUUUUGAAGACACCUUCUUCAACCUGACGCUGAAGGAAACACAUUUUCUGAAAUGGAUUAACAGCAGCUGUCCUCAUGUCAAAUUCAUCUUCAAGGGUGACGCUGAUGUGUAUGUGAAUGUGGAGAAUAUAGUGGAGAUGCUACAAGGUCAAAAGCCAGAGGAGGAUCUGUUUGUUGGUGAUAUUAUUAUCCACGCUAAACCAAUUCGUCGGCGCAAUUCCAAAUACUACGUCCCAGAGUUUGUCUAUGGAGGGGGUUUGUACCCAAACUACGCAGGGGGAGGAGGGUUUGUCAUGUCGGGGCAUACGGCUCGGAGACUUAGCUCUGCCUGUCAACAGGUGGAGUUGUUCCCCAUUGAUGAUGUGUUUCUAGGAAUGUGCCUCCAGUUGAUUGGCGUGAAACCAUCUCGCCACCAGGGCUUUCGGACCUUCGGGAUUCCGCGGCCCUCUGCAGCACCCCACCUUCAGACGUUUGACCCCUGUUUUUACAGGGAACUCAUGGUUGUUCACAGCCUCAGUGUUCCUCAGAUCUGGCUCAUGUGGAAUCUCCUGCAUGACCCCAGACUGAGCUGCCACAACAGGACUAGCCAGACGUCCUGGCCCUUUAAGUGGAAGGAUAAGAUGAGUAAAGCAACGGGUGAAGAGAAGGACUAUGGCGAGAAGGACUAUGGCAGGAAGGACGUGUUUUUCUCGCAUUAG